UCUCUAAUUGCAUAACUUCGAUUGAUCUGCGACGGUUUUCGCGUUAAUUUCAUUGUUUAAAGAUCGCAAAAUGCAAGGCUUGGGACUUUCAAGUUUAAAAAAAAAUCCAGCAUUAAUUCCGUUAUAUAUUUGUGUCGGAGCUGGAGCACUUGGUGCAGUGUACUACACAUUGCGUUUAGCUACACGUAACCCUGAUGUCACAUGGAAUCGUUCAUCAAACCCUGAGCCUUGGCAGGAAUACAGGGAGAAGCAAUACAAGUUCUAUUCGCCAAUAAGAGAUUACAGCACCAUUAAAUCUCCUGCUCCUAAAUAUGAGGAAUAAAUUGUGUAACAAAUGAAUAUAGAAUUGUAUAACUUACAUCUACAGUUCCGAAAGGAGGAACAUUAAAUAACUGUGUUUUAUUGCUACGUUAGAAUAUUACGUCACUGAAAAUGAAUUAAAGCGUUCUACUUCAAUAUUAAAUA